GGCUGGUGUGAAAUCACAGGGAUGCUGGUGACAUGGUUGAUUUCAGUCUGGAUGGCAUGGGGAACAUUUGGGAGUAAUGUCCAUUUUCAAAAAAACAAUAGCCAGGAUGGGAGAUGCAUUUAUUCCUUCUCUGUACCCAGUAAAAAUGAAGACAGCUGUGCUGGCUUAAGUGAGGUAUUAAUAACCAUUCAAGAUCUCCAACGGGAGAGCAAAGCUCAGCAGCUGGAACUAGAGUCAACUAGAACUCGGCUUGGCCUUCUGGAGAACCAGGUGAAUCAGCUACAUGGGAGUCAAGUUAGGAGGACUUCUUUAUCUACAGUUGGCUUACUUCAAAGAGAGGUAGAGAGUCUGAAGAGGGAACAAGCUCAGAGGGACAUCCACAUCAGCAGCCUGGAAUCUACCAUAAACGAUCUCCUUCAAGACAAGUCAGCUUUGGAAGAAGAGAAGAAAUGGCUGGAAGAAGAAAAGAAUGAGUUGGAGAGAAGGUUAGAGAAAAGCAUUGAGGAGGUGGCUCAGCUGAGAGUAAGCGAUUGUCCUCAGACCAGAAAAACCAGCAGUGAGUUCCAUCAAGGCUUUCAGGAAGUGUCUAAGUGGGAUACUGAAAAUCUGGGCUAUCAGGAGCUCAAAUUAGAGUUUGCUGAGGUUUCUUCAUCUCAUCUCAUUGAGGAAGGCAUUUCACCCUCACCUCCUAGCAUAGGUGCUGAAGAACCAGGUUGUGGAACACUAGUUUGGGUUGGUGCACCAGUGACCUUUCACAAGGCUGACACCCUUACAGGAAAGUAUGGUGUGUGGAUGAAGGACCCACAACCUGUGUCUCCAUAUACCAAUGAGACAAUUUGGAGAGUUGACACGGUCAGUGCGGAUGUCCGUCAUGUCUUUGAAUAUGAUGAUCUGGAUGAGUUUGUGAAAGGCUACCCUUCCAAAGUUCAUGUGUUGCCCAGAUCCAUGGAGAGCACUGGGGCUGUUGUUUAUCAAGGUUUCCUCUAUUUCCAGAGGCACAAGUCUAGAAUACUGGUGAAAUAUGACCUGAAGAAUGAAGUCAUUGCAGUUCAGAAGGAGUUGCCCGAUGCUGGCUAUCAUGGACAAUUCCCCUACUCCUGGGGUGGAUAUACAGAUAUUGAUCUAGCAGUUGAUGAGAUUGGACUGUGGGUGAUUUACAGCACUGAAAAUGCCAAGGGAGCGAUUGUGCUUUCUAAACUGGACCCAGAAACUUUGGAAAUUUCACAGACAUGGAAGACCAAUAUUCACAAGCAGUCUGUGGCUAACUCCUUCAUGAUCUGUGGCUCCUUGUAUACCAUUAGUAGCUACUCAUCCCCUGAGACCACCGUGAAUUUCAUCUACCGCACAAGUACAGGAAGCAGUGCACCGCUGAAGAUCAGCUUUGAGAACCGUUACAGAUACAGCAGCAUGGUAGACUACAACCCUACAGAGAAGAAAAUAAUGGCUUGGGAUAACUUCAACAUGGUGGCUUAUAACAUCAGACUUUCCAAGAUGUGAUUACCUUGGAGAGAUUGAUAAUGGGAAAUUAGGUAAUGGAAAUAGAGGUAGAAAUUGAAGUUAGAUAGCAAAAUUUCCUCCCACUAAUUAUCAACUGACAUGAAUCACCCAGAAUUUCUCCUGAGCUACCCCAAUAGAAAAAAAUAGCUAUGCAAUGUGGGAUUGACUCUUGAUCAUUUUAAUGAGUGUAUACAAUAAAAUAGUCAGUGAUUUACA